AGAUCGAGGAAGACACAUCUCCUCUGCACAAAAAGGGAACUUCAGUCUCUGGUGGUUGGUCCAGCAGCACCACCCACACUGUGAGCAUACAAGAGCCUCUUCCCACCCACAUAGCAAAGACCAAGACAGGGAAUUGGCAGGAGAGCAUGCCACAGGUCACAAGUAAAGGGAAACUCACGGAACAUGGGCAGUGACAGGAGCCUUGAAGAGGUGAGAAUUGUGGAGGGAGGAAGGGAGGCAGACAACGGGGAUAUCAGGCAGGGGUGUCUCACCAAGGUCCAUUAAUGUGGUGAAGAGAGGCCUAACUGGGUCAGAGUGGUCUGGGAGGCUUUCCGAAGGAAGUGAAGUGUUUAUUAGAUCCAUUUUGAAGAGAUCUUCUGGCUGGCAGAGUGGACAAUUUAGGUGGCAUCAGAAGAGAUUGCAGUCUAGGGGCACAGUAGUGUCAGUUGUGGACAUGACCUACAUCUCAGGGCUUCUGUUGCUCACCUGGGCUAGGUGUCAGGGAGGCAUGGGAAAGUGAAAAAUGGUCUUGUGAGUAACUAUUUUUUUCUUUAUAUUUUUUGUUGCAGAAAGGUCAAUUGACCACAGAGUGAAUUGUGUUGACUUUUCUCCUAUGCUGUUUUUAUUUUCCAAUCCUUCUUGGAUUCCUGGCUUUUUUUCCACUGAAGAAGAGUACAUAGAUGCACAUCACCUGCAGGCCACUGAGUAUAGGUGUGAAAAGUGCCAAAUAGAGCUCUGAUCGAGGAGUAUAACUCUUUCACAACUGCAUCUAGAGCUGAAGGAAAGAAAGGAGAAACAGGCUUGAGUGGUUAAAGCUUUCUGGGGACCCUGAGAAACCACAGCUGCUUUCCAGGAAAGACAGAAAACACUGAGUCAUCAGAGUCUCACUUUUCCUAGCUCCCGGAAAACCAGGCCUUGUUGCAGAGAGUUUCCUCAGACUGAAACCCUUACUGCACAAUGGCCUUUGCAUCCUUUCUGGCUGACCUCCACACAGAGACCAGCUGCCCCAUCUGUCUGGAUUACCUGAGAGACCCCACGACCAUUGACUGUGGCCACAACUUCUGUCACUCCUGCAUUCAACAGCGCUGGAAAGAUCUACAGGACAUCUUCCCCUGUCCAGUCUGCCUCCAACAGUGUCGCAGUGGGAACCUCAAGAGGAACACUCAAUUAUGUCACAUGACUGAUAUUGUUAAGCAACUUUCUACCACAAGGAGCAAGAAGAAACGGCAGGAAGAAAAACCCCUGUGUGAGAAUCACAACCAGGAGGCUUCCUUGUUCUGUGAGAAGGACCUGGAGCUACUGUGUCCCCAGUGCAGGAUCUCCUCCAACCACCAGGAUCACCACCUGAUACCCAUUGAUCAAGCUGCAACUUGUCACAGGAAGAAGCUCAAAAGCUACAUUGAGCCCCUGAGGAAGAAGGUUCAGGAUGCUGAAAAUGGGUUACGAAUGGCAGUCUCAAAACUAGUGGAAUUGAAGGACAAGGUAGAAAAUCAGAAGAGAGAAUUACACUCAGAAUUUGAACAAUUUAUUCGUUUCUUGGGGCAGCAGCAGGAAGCAAUUUAUAUUAGGCUAAUAAAUGAAAAGAGGGGUGUUAACAGAAAACUAAUUGAAAACAAAAUCCAAAUUUCAGACCACACUUCCACACUAAAAAAUCUGUUAAGUGAAAUAACAGAGAAGGUUGUGCAGGAAGACCUGGAUUUACUGACAGGUAUUGGAAGCAUCCACAACAGGUAUGAACUCCUAAAACCCCCAGCAGUGUUUUCAUAUGAGUUAAAGAGGGAGCAUUGCAGUCUCCCUCCACAAUAUUUUGGUCUGCAAAAUAUGAUCAGCAUAUUUCAGGUAAAUUUGAUACUAGAUCCUGAAACUGCCCACUCCAAUCUUAUUGUCUCAGAAGAUAGAAAAACUGUGAUGUAUAGAAUGAUGAACCCAAACUGUCCUCAGAGUCCCUGGGAAUUUAAUGUUUACCCAUCUGUCUUGAGUUCUGAGGGAUUUGAUAGUGGCAGACAUUUUUGGCAGGUAGAAGUAAGAGGGACAGGUGAUUGGUCCUUAGGUGUGUGUAAAGAAUCAUUCCCUAGAAAUGCGAUUACAUCACCUUCCCCAAAUAAUGGAUGCUGGCAAAUUGGGCCCUGGACUAGUAAAUUUGCUGCAUGGGAGUCAGUAAACCUCACACGGAUUGGUGUUUUUCUGGACUAUGAGUUGGGAGAGGUUUCAUUCUACAAUUUGAAUAAUAGAUCACAUUUGUAUACUUCCACUGUAAGAUCUACAGAAAAACUUAUACCCUACUUCUCUAUUGGACCGUCUUCAAAUUCUGUUACAAUAAGUAUUGUCAGAAAUGAAUGAUGAACCUCCUGAGGUAUCAUUUUGUAUGUUGUUAUAUUUUUUCCUAUGACCUUGGAGAGCAUUUAUAAUAAAGAGUCUGAUUCCAGUUUUGUUGUUUGACUGCUGAUGUGUUUUUUUAAUAGACUUUAUUUUUUAGAGCGGUAUUAAGUUUUAGAAAAAUUAUGCAGGCGUUACAGAGAAAUCCCAUAUACCCCCUCUUCCAUCCGCAUGUUGUCUCUAUUAUGAUUAACAUCUUGCAUUCAUGUGACACAUUGGUUUCAGUUGAUGAACAAAUACUUGCUCAUCAUUAUUAACUAAAGA